CAAGCUAACUCAUUUGUUUAGGCAGUAGGGAGUUUCUGCUAGGGUCUGGAUUGGAGUUACACACAGACCGGACCCUGCCGUGUAUGAGUGGUGUCUGAGGAGAAAAAGGAUUCCCCUUGCCGCAAAGAAUCUACAUGUCUAAUAUUUAGACAUGUUCAGCUUUGUGGAUAUUCGGUUAGCGCUCUUGCUCAGCGCAGCAGUGCUUUUGGCCAGAGGUCAAGGCGAGGAUGAUAGCACAAACGGCCGCUGCACGUUAGAGGGACAGUAUUACAACGACAAGGAUGUAUGGAAACCAGAGCCCUGCCAGAUUUGCGUCUGCGACAGCGGAACCGUCAUGUGCGACGAUGUGAUCUGCGAGGACACGACCGACUGCGCUGAUCCCAUCAUCCCCGACGGAGAGUGCUGCCCCAUCUGCGUCGAUGAUGGACCCACGACUCCAACGGAGCCAACAAAGGGAGACGUUGGCCCCAAGGGAGACAAUGUAGGUUCAUCAUUCACACUAUUCGUAAACAUGUUUCCACUCUAUCUUGGUUUUUGGUUUCUGGCCUCCUGGUACAUCCGACCUGGCUUGGCCCCGGACCCCCUGGCCUGCCUGGCGGAGCUGCUUCGGUAUCAGAGAGUCAAGUACGACCAGACACUCGGAAAGUCAGAGAUUAGGUUUUAUGCACAUCAUAAGUCUAAAGAAAGAAUAAAAACGUUAGUCCAGGACAUGUUGCUCCAGUUCUUCACUUGA